AAGUGUAGUUUGUGUAGUCAGUAAAAAUCAACGAACAUCUCUUCGGCUGAAUACCCAUUCUUGGAUUUGCAGUAUAUUAACCCAUUUCAUGCAGGGAAUGGGCAAUUAAAGGUCGGACAAUUUUUGAUCCAAUGAUUACUGGACAGCUCAGUAAGCCCUUGCUGUCUUUCCGGAGUGAGAUGAACGCAGAGCUGAGAGGUGAGGACAAAGCGGCCACUUCAGACAAUGAGCUGAAUGAGUCUCUGCUUACGCCCGCAGAACCAAAUGACAGCGAGGACACUCCCAGCAUGCUCUUUGGGGCCAGAGGGAACACAGUGCAGUUGGAAACAGGCAGCAGCGCAGCUAACCAGCAUCAGCCAAGCCAAUCACACCUGGCCUUUCCUGUCGGCCCGCAGUCGUUGUUGGCAACACAACAGUUGGCAUCAGCUGUGGCAGGGGUGAUGCCCGGGGGAGCUCCAGGCCUCAAUCAGCCAAUCCUCAUUCCGUUCAACAUGGCAGGGCAGCUGGGCGGACAGCAGGGGCUAGUGCUGACACUGCCCACCGCCAACCUGGCCAACAUCCAAGGCCUGGUGGCAGCAGCAGCAGCUGGAGGCAUUAUGACUUUACCACUACAAAACCUUCAAGCUACCUCAUCCCUGAACUCGCAGCUCCAACAUCUGCAACAACUGCAACAGCUACAGCAACAGCAACACCAAGGGCAAAAGCAACAGCAGCACCAACACCAAGGGCAACAGCAACACCAAGGGCAACAGCAACACCAAGGGCAACAGCAACACCAAGGGCAACAGCAGCAGCAGCAGCAGCAGACAAGCCAACAUUCAUCCCACAGUCAGCCUCAGUCUGCUACAGCCUCCCCACAGCAGAAACAGAGCCAGUCACCAGGACAUGGGCUCCCGUCUCCUCUCACAUCACCCAAUCCCCUCCAGCUCAAUCCACUGGCCAGCCAGGCCGCAGCGGCAGCAGCAGCAGCAGCCUUGGGGUCUAUAGCCGGCUCGCAGGCUUUCGGAAAUGCACUGUCCAGUCUUCAGGGGGUCACAGGGCAACUGGUCACUAAUGCACAAGGACAGAUUAUUGGAACAAUUCCACUGAUGCCUAACCCAGCAGUGCCAUCAAGUCAGACAGGAGGUGUAACGCAGGGCCUUCAGAUGCAGCCAAUCACCCCUCAGCUGCUGACAAACGCCCAAGGCCAGAUUAUCGCCACAGUCAUCGGGAACCAGAUCCUACCUGUCAUCAACACCCAAGGAAUAACACUGUCGCCCAUCAGGCCAGGCCAACAGCCCCAGCAGACACAGGUAGGUCCAGCAUCCUCGCAGACUGGCCUUCGCCACUUGACACACAGCCAGGCCUCCAUGUCACAAAACCCAGUGUGCCAGGCCUCCUCCUCCUCCUCCUCUUCCUCCACAUCGUCCUCUUCCUCAGCUCUCAGUGUUGGACAGCUGGUCAGCAACCCUCAGACAGCCCCCAGUGAAGUUGACGGAGUAAAUCUGGAAGAAAUUCGAGAGUUUGCCAAAGCUUUUAAAAUCCGCCGCCUGUCCCUUGGGCUGACACAGACACAAGUUGGGCAAGCUUUAAGUGCCACAGAAGGUCCAGCAUACAGCCAGUCUGCCAUCUGCAGACACACCAUCCUGAGAAGCCACUUUUUCCUACCACAGGAAGCCCAAGAGAACACUAUAGCUAGCAGUCUGACAGCCAAACUGAACCCUGGCCUUUUAUAUCCUGCCAGGUUCGAGAAGCUGGACAUCACCCCUAAAAGCGCCCAGAAGAUAAAGCCCGUUCUUGAGCGAUGGAUGGCUGAGGCAGAAGCCCGCCACCGCUCCGGAAUGCAGAACCUCACCGAAUUUAUCGGCAGCGAGCCUUCUAAAAAGCGCAAGAGGCGGACAUCGUUCACCCCGCAAGCUCUGGAGAUUUUAAAUUCCCACUUUGAGAAGAAUACACACCCCUCGGGGCAGGAAAUGACGGAAAUAGCGGAAAAACUGAACUACGACCGAGAAGUGGUCCGUGUCUGGUUUUGCAACAAGAGGCAGGCGCUGAAAAACACCGUAAAGCGUUUGAAACAACAUGAGCCAGGAUCAGUGGUGUCAAUGGAGCCUUUGACAGACUCUUUGGAAGAGCAUUCUUUAAACAAUUGAAAACAAAAAUAAAACAAAGGUUCCCACCAAACUAUAGAAAACACUUACUAGUAAAUAAAGCCUGAAAACUGUGGACAGUAGGAUUCAUCACAGUCCACAUGUUCUCCCUAUUUUUAAACAAAAACAGAACAGCGCUUAGUGUGUCGUAGUGAAGUAGUUGAAGCCAGUCUUUUAAUGGACCUAAACCAAACCAAAUAAAAAAAGAGUACUGUUUCUGUGAAAAUGUAAAAACAUGUUUGAAAACAUUCUGUUUUAAAGAGAAUUCUUAGAAGCCUGGAGCUUGAACUGGGACUGAAUCUGUUCAGGUACCAAAUACUGAAAUUCAGUAUGAAAGAAACAAACUACUUACCAAAGUCUGAAAUGUUGCAUUGAAACUAGAUUGUUGCUAAUUUUUGGAGUGUAAAUUGUGUUAUAACUUUUUACAUUUGUACUGGUAGAAAAUCAAAGAACUAUUUUUAUUUUUUUUUGUUUAGUUGAUUUCUUGUCAACACAUCACUUGUCACCUCUGGGUAACACAAUUGUUACAGUUUUUUUGAUGUCUUGAUAUAUAAUAUAUGAAAAAAAUCCAUCUUGUUGGUGCAUAAUGCCAUGCAACACACUAAUGAAAUUGUAAUCUUAAUCUCGUUGUUGUUAAUCUACUUCUUUUCAAUAUGCUGUUAUUCUUUGAAUUUGUAAAAAGUGUACAGCUAUUUAUUAAUUUUUAUAAGAGCUUCUAAUAAGAAACAAAGAACCCAGUUGGCAGUCAGAGCAUAACAGCUGUCAAGAAAAAAACACUACUUCAAAACAUGGAGAGUUGACAUCAAGUCAGCUGGUCCUUGAGACUGUGCUUUAUACUGUAAGAUGCACCAUUGGUGUUAAGGCUGCGUGCAGAGUGAUUUUAUUUUGUUGCCAAAGCCUGAUAGCCAAAGAAUUUCUGCAGGAUUCUGGUCCAGAGGAAUGCAGAAAAGAUGAAGAUCACGUCUGAGCCUGAACUACUUCAAGGACUUUUUAAUUUUGUACUGUCGAUUUGUUAAUUAUUCCUUUUUUAUUUAUUGGUAUUCCUUCUGUGUAAAUACUAGAUUGCUAAGUGUGUGGACUUUAAUAAUUGGUUUCAUACAAAAAGAAGUCACUAGAAAAAGCAAAAAAUAUAUAAUUCUUAAGAUUCAUUCUAAAAUAACACAUGUGAUGCCACAUGUGGGACCGUAGUAAGUUGUUUAGUUAAUGCUCUAGCCUUUUACCUCCCGAGGCUUGGGUUUGAAUCAGACUUUAGGGCACAAGUCCACUGAGUUUGGUGGACUCAAUUUACCCUCAUUGGCUAAUAUUUUACAACACAAAAAACACACAGAUCAGCCCUAGGCAUCAAUAGAGAGAUCAAUGAUUAGAUGUGUAUGGAGACUGAGCUGUUCCUUCGCACCUAAGAGGGGGUUCCUCGAAAGGCAAUGUUGGUGAGCUCACAGUACCACUGCUUAGCUUUCCCUGCUCUAAUGAUAAAUAAGAGUAGUUUGAUCUCCAGUGCUGUCAAAGGGGGGCAAGGCCACACACAAUUUGUUUUUUUUUUAAUAUGACUGUCUAAAUAUGUCUUAUUGUAUACAUGUCAUUGGUACUUGUUAAGGGUUCAGUAUUUUGUGAAUAUUCAAUGAGAAAAAACUUGGGGGCUACAGCCCAGGGCCUCAGAUUUUGAGGGGCCCCAAAAAAUUUAUAAUACAAUAUCUAAAAAAAUGAAUAAGUAGUAUGUGACUGUAUGGAUCGGAACAACACGUCUGUUUCACCAAGCCGUAUUGCUUUGGAGGAGCAGGGACUGCCUGAUCAUAUGACUUGACCUGCGAUCAAGUCACGUGCCACUUUUAUCAGGUGUGCUGCGACGCGAACGUGACGCAGAUCAGAACUAGUAAAUGUCUGCGGCACCUAGGAAGUAUGAGAGCGACGCUGAAAAGCAGAAACACAAUAACUACAGUCGCGGGGAAGAUAUGUUAAACAAAACACCAACGCUGACACGCUAUUUUAAUACAAUACCAACAAAUGUAUGUGAAGGUACCAGUACUUCAGCAAAUACAUUGGAGAGAAAACAACAGGAAGAAAUGACCUAGGUUUAUAUGGAUUACACUGGGGCAAUCUCCAUGGAAAAAUAAAAAUAAGUCUUGCCUAUUUCUUACUGUAUUUUGGUAGUAGUUUCGGGUUGUGUGUGUUUCCAUGUAGUUUUCUUUUAGACUGAGCCAUUCUCGUUCCAAAUGCAAAUACACUAAUUCAUAUUAAAAUAUGGGAGGCUAUGUUUGUGACUGAAUUCCAAUUUGGCCUUGCGCAACUUAAUGAUAUCGUACAGCUUUCUUAAACUGGAUUUCCAUGAAGUUUUUAGGUUGUCUUAAAACACAGCCUGCCUCAUUUGGUCCCCAAAAAAACAAUAAAUAACUAAAUAAUAAUAAUACAAAAAUAUGUCGUUCCUCUGUAUGCAGCUCUGCUGAUUCUGCUGACACAAAUAAUAAUAAUAAAAAAAAACAUUACAUGAGAAAGCGCUGUGUACUAUCCUGGUAUUAUUUGCUAAACAUUUUUACUACAAUCCUAUUAUACACGUACAUAUUCGUAAGAGUUAAGGACAACACAUUUCCAGGUAACUGCCAGUAAUGAACGCUGUAGCCAAUGCUCAUAUUCAAAACUGGCGCUAAUUCAAACAUCGAUUCAGGUAAAAUAUGGAUCAGCUAAGACUGAAUAAUUUGACAUUCAUGUUAAUCGAGUGUGGUGGUAGUAAAACAGUAAAGGGAAGCAAAUGAAUGUGCAAAGAGGGGCCCCCAUUAAACUUAAUCCAGCCCUGCCUGUAAGUAAGGAGUAAACCAAUCUUCUAGUCCAUGUUUUAGACAUUCUCCAGCCCAUUUUGAUUAUAAACUUAUAAAUAUCCUUCAAAAAUGUAUUUAUACUGGAUAAAUGAGGCCUGUUGUUUUUUUUUGUUUUUUUUUUUUAAUUCAGUGCUUUUUUCAAACUCUUCUAAUGUACUAGCAAUGUCCUUAAGAAUCCAUAAUGUCUCUAAUAAAAUACUAGUAUACUAUUUGGAUUUUCCUUUAGGGGAACUUAAGUACAAAACUUUACUUGUUAGAAAGGCAUGGUGUGCUUAUUUUAUUCAUAUAUACCACUUACUAUUCAAACAUAUGCUGACUUCUUUUUUUAGAAAGAUAUCCAUUUUCUUUCUCAGUGCUUUUAUAAUUUUGAAGUUAGUCCAUUUCAAGCCCAUAAAAUAUAUUGUAAAACACUGACAAAUAUUACUAAGAACAACGUUCCCUUUUCUGAGUGAUGCAAAGAAAUGUUUCCCUUCUCUGGGUGAUGAAAAGAAAUGCCACCUAAAGCACUGUAAACAAAUAUUUAUUUACUGCUGCUUAAACAGUAAACUGCCAGAAACCACAUUGAUGGGUUGCUUUGUACAGCCAUCUCAAAUCUUCAUAAGGUCGUCCAUUCAUUAAUUUAGAAAUCCAGUUAUUUUCAUCGGCUGUCUUUCAAAGUCAAUAAUUAUUUAUGGGGAAACUGAAUAGUACAUUUGUUGAUAGUCUGAUGCUUUUCAAGGAAGAAAAACAGCUUAAAACAUAAAGGAUUUUAGAAAAGUGAAAUGUAAUAUUAUCUGGGUUGAUUACAAUAUAAGUUGUUCAAAUAUAAUAUGUCCUGUUUAGCUAGUGUAUACUUCAUAAAAAAAAAAAAGUUAGCACGUGUAUGUUUGCUUAAGACAUUUAUAUUUAAACAAUGCUAAAGGAAGGGACCUACCUUUUUUCCUUUUGAUAGUUAUAAGUUUUAACAAGGGAUGCGCACAACCCCAAAACUCAAAACAGUAUCUUUAAAUUGGGAUUAACUAAUUUUGUUAAAUACAUUUGUAUGAACAUAUUUCUGUAGGGUUCAUAUAAAAUGGGAAAACAUAAAUUCAGUGUCAACAGUGUAUGUAAUCCAAUAAACCACUUUUUAAAUCCAAGAAACUGGUAUUAACACAUACUUAUAACUUUGUUAUAACCUUCAUAUCUUGAUUGAGCCUGAUUCUGUUUCGCUUAAUUUUUAUCAAACAGACAAAUAACAUUAAUUGCUCAUCGCUGAUCCUAAUUGCAUUUCAUUCUGCAGUCGCCUAGUUUAUCGUUGUGCUUUUGUUAUUUUCACUCGUUUAACACAGUUAUCUGACAGAUUUUCUUUUCAGCAUAUAAUACCCAGUACAGAGUGUACACUGAUAGCAAGUCCAUCAUUUAAAAUCACCUUGAUUUGUAGCAAAGAAAAAAAAAUUGGUAGUUUUUUUUUCUUUAUUAGGAUGCAGAGACAGCUUAGCAACUACUAAUUAACAUUUAAAGGGCGGUAGAGAUUUGGAAAAUAAAAAACGAAAAGUUCAAGCCCUACACAUACUGUAUUGUAUCUAGGUGUUACAAAGAUUAACACUUUGUUAAGAAAAAGGAAAACCCAUUUCUUACCUCUUAUUAGUAUAAAAAAUAUUACCAUGUUAUCAUGUUAUGUCCCUUAUCUUGUUGCUAGAUUUCCAGACUUUUAUUUAUACAGGAAAAUAAAUUGUGUCCUGCCAUCACGCUCCAGGUUGACUUGCAGCAGAUAUUAGGAUCUCUCAUGCCGAACCUCACUCUCACAGUCCAGGACUCUCUUCAGCUUGUUUCACAGACCCCGAUUAGCACUGAUCUUGGACUACAUUACUUAAGGUAACACAGUCUAUUAAACCAUAUAUUUACGUGACGUCAUGUGGGUCCUCAUACCUGUUGCCCAGUCAGUGAAUUUAUAUUGUAACAGCAUGAUAAACUGACCAGAAUAAAACCCAAUAUUAAGUCUGGUGAGAUUCCACAGCAAAACAUUAAGGGACUUGUUGAGAAUGUUGUGCUACAAAGCUAAUGAGAGAGGAGAAAGCAUAUUAACUACCACACAAUGAUGUUUUCACUCCCCUUACUGUUUUAUGGUGUUUGCAUUCAUUCUGAGUGGUUCUGGGUUGUGUUUCUCCAGUAUUGAGUGAUUUUCAUUUUUGUCUAAAUCUGACUUUACCUGAUUUGAGCUUCUUUGAGCCUGUCUAAAGAAUCUGAACAGCCUUCUUCACUCCAUUCAAAUCAUGUGAAAAAUCAGAGUUGAAAGGUCACAUUGUGAACUGAAUGAGGAAGACUGUCCAGUUCUAGCAGUUAGGAUUCUCCAGACAAUUUCAAAGCCAAGUAAAGUCCAAUUUAGGGAAAAAUGUAUAAUAACUGAAUAGUGGAGAAAAAGAAACACUUGGAAUGAUUCCAAACACCAUAAAAUAGUUUAAAAGAAACAAAUCUAUCAAAUUUGAACCUACUCUUUAGAUGUCACUGUAUAUUACAGAAAAUCUGAAUUCCAUCAAAUGAUCUCGAAGGGUCAAAGUGUAACAGAAUAUUAAUUACAGAAAUUGAAUCCUAACACUGUAUUGCUGUUGUGUGAUAUUGCUGUUGCUUACGCAAGAGCAAUGCAAAAAUGAAUUAACAUGCUGUUGAACCUUCAACAUUUUUUUUUUGUUCAGCAAAAGCCUUUGCCCAUUCCCUGUAGUAAAAUAUAUCUUGAUAAAGCCAAAAUGAAGUGUCAGCAGUGAAAACCAAUGCAAUGUGUACCUUCCAUUUACUUCAGUUAUGUAUCACAUGCAUCACCAAAAGCAAGUCCCAUUGCAGUAUUAGAGUCCUCAGCUUAGAGUUACUAUCAUUUACAAGUGUUAUGGUUUUUAUAUAAAUACAUUAUUUCCAAGAGUUAUAUCCUCUCACCACUUAUGUGGUUUGAAGAUAAAGCAUGUGAAUACCAGUUAGAAAAUUGCAGUCAGCAUUUUCUUAAACAUUUUCUGACACAAUUUGUUCUUUAUAAAGUGUAAAAAAAAAAAAAAAAAAGAAAAAAAAACCUCUAGUUUGAAAUGGAAUUAUAGAAAAUGUUUUCCAUAAAACCACUCAGAAAAAAAACUCUGUAAAUUGUGACCCUGGUUGUCUCCUUUCUUCUCUGUUCUGUUUUUUGAAGUGUGGGGAAAGUAUGCGCCUUUAAACAACACUUUUUUUAUCAUAGUAAAUAUUCUCUCGUAGUGACCAUGCUUUUUAUGCAGCUUUCUUCAAAAUGGGUGCAUUUUCAACUAUGCUGUUUUUUUCUCCUUUUUGCUGCAAUAUAUGGAAACAGAUACACCUGUAGGGAUUACAUAUGGAAGACAAGUAGAGGCUUAAGAAAUAACAAGCUGUAACCAAAAAACUAUUAAAAAAUGCCUUUGCUUAUCUUAUCAAUGCUGGACCAAAGCUCAAUGUAUUGUAGGUAUAUGCACAUUGUACAGAGAUAUGGCUAAAUGUCGCUGACAAUCUUGCAAUAUUUAAACUGUAAUUUAAAAAUAAAAGAAAAUCAUAAAGAUUUUACCUCAACACUCUACUUUUACCCAGUAAAUAAUGUCAUCCAAAAAAGUAUCUAUCACAUUGUUGAAAAGAGAUGCGUGUACAUCUGUACCAUUUUGUAAUAUGCAUUUUGUCAUUUCUAUUUUGAGCUUGUUAUUGAAUUGAGAUUUUUGGUUCUCCUCACAAAGCUUUAAUACAUAAGUUAUUUAAAACCUGUUUUCAUGAAACUGUUCUAGUCUGUUGUUGUUUUCUUUAGCAACAGUCGAGGGAAGAUUAUUUUAUUAUUCUUUAAAUAACUUAUGAGUUAAAGCUUUGUGAAUAGGGCCCUACAUUAUGUGUGGCACAAGGAUCUUUUAUGUCCAAUGGUCGCCAUGGUGACCCAGGAGCUGUUGGAGAGUUGUGCAGCUUUUCCAUGCAGUGUGGAGUGUACUUAUAGGCUGAACUGGCAGCACCGACGUUUGUCUAACCUUAGUGGGGUGCAAGGAAAAGGCUUUGUGACCUGAACAGAUAAAUAAAGACAACAAAACACACUUAAACACACAGACACACACACAAACUGGUUCUGAAAUAAAACUCCUUGUUUUUACUCAAGACAUUGAAACCAAAGCUGAUUUAACUGCACAGGUUGCUUUAAGUUUUAUAGACUGAAAACUGUACUUAAUAUCCAGAGCAAUAUCUGUAUGGUCAGUAAAGCUGCACUUUGUGUAUUUCUAAACAGCUUAAAAUAUGUCACUUUUCUUUGUACCAUAUAAAAUAAACAACUGUUUGACAUUAAAGGAUUCUUUCUUUCUUACUUGAAAAAAUUGCAUACAUAAUUACUAUCUUUAUGAACAGAACAAAACAAAUUACAUGGUGGUGGCUGUGGGUCCUUAGUCCCACCUAGGGAGGGUCACUCAGAUGUUCUUCAGCUUCACUGAAAACUGCAUUGUAGAGUGUAUCAGGUUUGACAGACAGCCAGGUGAGUCAUUCAACUUACUGAAUGUACAGUUCCAUAUAUUUGGAAAAACUUAUAUCCAAUUGUGAUGAAACGUGGUUACAACAUUAUUUAGCGUACGUUACUGAGAGUAUUCAAUUCAGGAGAUAUAUGGUGGUGUCUGUCUGCCUGUGCAUUUGUCCAUCUGUAUGUCAUACUUACAUUUGUACAUGUAUCUUAAGAACACAAGAAGGAUGGGUAUACUAAUAUGCGUGUGUAUUUAGGUGAACCCUUCAAUUUGAUUCUGUAAAGGUUGAGAGUAACAGCUAUAUUUGUAAAGCACAAGUGUGUCAAUAAAGACAGGGUGCAUUUGCUGUUGUUGGAUGUUUUACAGAACCCUUUAAGGAGGGGAUGGUCAGACACUGUGCACUGCUGGCACAUGUUGGGUUAAUUUACAUUUACAAAUAUUGGAUAACAACAGGGAUUUUUAACAGAGCAAGAAAUGCACUUAAAUAAUCUACACUUCAUCUCAUUUUAUAGCAAGUCGUUUUAUCAUUAUUACUAGUAAAGGAGCACAGGUCCUAAAGAGAAUGCAGUACAGAAAUUGCAGAAAAGCCGAUGAAGAAAACAGUAAUUCAAUGGGUUAAAAAUAAAGAUCAAGGGGUGUUUGUGACAUACUGACAUUUCUGCUUGCAUACACAAAUUGACUGUGCAAAAUCUCAAUAUAAUAUGACAUUUAUGGCUUUGUCAAUAGAAUGACAGUUUAUUUAACAGUUUAUGCCAUUGGCAUUCAUUGUUACAGUUUACAUGGAUAAAUUACUGAACCUGCUUCAACUGCAUAAAUUAGCAUCUAAUUAGUCAAUUUGUAAGACAAAAGGACCCCUGUUAUAGACACCAAUUUAUUAAUCUACUACAGUGAUGUUUUGAUCCAAAAUUACAGUGAAGUUGGUGUAGUGGUAGUAAAGAAAACGUACCUAUAGAGUGUUCACAGGACAAUAGUUUCUGCAAAAACACAAGGCUCACUUUGGCUUCAGUACAUACAAAAAGGUUAAAAAAAAAAAAAAAAAAAGUGUGCAUCUAUUUGUUCUAAAACAGCAAUUCUCACGGUAAGCUUUUUCUCGAAACUCAUCAAUUUCUAUAAUGUCAAUAAUUGUCCCUCAUAAUUAGGGGGUGUUUUCUAAUCAGCCAGAAUUGUAUGUGUUGAUAACAUCAUUAUUAUUUUGAUCAGUUUGGCUGGAGUGGCUACACAGACAUCUGGAGGUUUAGGACUGAAUUGCAGGAUAAAAAAAAAAAGUUAUGAAAAACACGGCCCUAACUAUAGCGUGAGGAAUGUGUGUGAUAUGUGCGGCUGCGUCACACUCUCAUGACAAUGGAAAGAUGAUUUGGAGUGUCUAACAUUGAUAAAUUGGGACAACUUUGUGUUGCAGAUAAUGAACUUUAGUUUAAUAGAUAGCUAUAGUUCCCAGAAACACAUCUUAGUAAAGAUUUUGAAAACGUGUGCCCCUUUGUAAUAGGGGUGUACUGUUACUGUGUGGGUAUCCGCUGAGAGACGAGAGAGACACAGAGGGUUUAUGUUUGAAAACGCCACUCAGGCGUCCAGGUUUUAUUUGCAGACAGGCAGUUACAGUGAUUGGUGGUACCAGCAACGGUAUCCCUAGUCUGGAAGGACACACGUGUACAUAAUACAAAAACACAAAACAAAACACAGUGGGUAAAACAGCCAAAAAACAAAAGUUUGCCAGCCAGUGGCUCAGCAAUGCUCCCACUAAAAGGAAGAUGCCACUUCAGGAACCUUCUCCCUACCACACUAAAUAAACUGGGGUGGGAUUCAAAUCCCCUAAACUAAUCCCUAUGCUCAGCACUCGGAUCCCAGUUAACACACACGGUGAUCACGAGUGGUUGCUUUGUUUGCUCACUCUGGUUGGUACAGGCAGUCAUGAGGAUUCCCAGCCAAUUCACUUCCAGCUUGCUGAGAAAGAACAACAAAAUGGAGAACCAAGAACAAAGCACUGGCUUUCCAGCCCCUUUUUAAAGGCAGGUGACCACGGUUAACUGAUAUUCAGUUGUCACCUGACCACUUGCUGCACAUGACAUUUUAAUUAGGCAGGGAGGGAAGUCAAACCAAAAACACAUUUUAUUUUCAAGCCCUUGCAAAACAGUAAUGGGAUUCUUUAGAGUUGAAUUAAAUGGUAGAGGGAUUAUUAUAUUUAGUCCAUUCAUUAUUACCAUUGGUUCAUAAUACAUUUAAUUCUUAAUCAUGUCAUUUCUUUUGGGAUUUGUAAUACAGAACAACUGAUGAUGUGUAAUUUUUGACAAUUUUCUGGUACUUGACUUAAAGAGUAAGUAGCGAGCUUCUGAAAAAACAUGGCGUUAUACGUCCCCACGUGUUGCUACAACUGUUCAAGUAACGUACCUGUCAUUUAUCUUUUCAUUGUUAACAUCCUGAAAACUUUUUUGCACUUAUAACUUUAAAGUCUGUUUCAAAUCUCUUUUCAAAAUGGUCCCACUGAGGUUUGAGAUCUGUCCUCUAACUCUAAGAAUGUGUGUUUUUCAGUUACUUUCCAAAAUGCUUGAGCAUUUUGUUUUGUUUUUUAUGUCAAAAUAUAUAUAGUAGUAACUCGACAGUAGUUGUACACUUCAGUUGUAACUUCUUUCCUUUGCUGUCUUCCACAACGAAAUCUGGCACAUUCUUCAGGGUUUUUUGUAUGUAGGCAUUUUUUUUACAUUUCGCCACAAUUUGCAAUUCUGUUUUAAAUCCUCUGUGUCUUAACUGUAAUACAGCUUUAAAUCCCGCAAACAAGCCUUCAUGCCUGAUUGUAAUCUUGUUUUAAAUCUCAAGCGGAAUAUCCAAUAGUAAAAUGAGUCUCUGUCCUUUUACAUGUACUCCCAGAUACUACCAUAAGUGUAAACAUGAUAUUGCACGGAAAGUAUAUGAGAUACUGUGGCAGAGUGUCCCUCCCCUAUGUAUAUGUGUGCACUAUUUUGUUUGUUUUAAUUGUAUUAUUAUUACUAUUAUGAUUUAUUGUUUAAAAGAUGACAGCAAAACGCUGUCUUUUGAAAAUGGUUUUGUUAUUAUUUGGCAGCGUGGAUGGGGAAGCCCAUCCACACAAACCUCGUGCAGAAGGUGACCAUCUCCCGAGUUAGUUCAUUGAUUAAUUGUUGGUAAUCGGGAGAUGGUCACCUGUAUAAAAGCCAACAGCUUUCUGCGCUCUGGGAAGUGUGUUUGUGAGUGGAGAACGGGUGUGAAGAGGAGGUAAUAAUAUAGAAAGAAAUAACAAUUGCUAAGCGUGCUGGGGCUACACCAGCACCAUACUUAUUUGUUAUAGUUUGUUUGGCCAACGUGCCAUUUUGUUUUGUGUAGUUUGGUUUUGUUCAGCCUGUAUGUUUUAUUAUUAUUUAAUAAACACACUAAGCGCUGUAGCGUCUCAGUUUUGCCCCA